AUGCGCACAACCUGUAACGCUUGCCAACAGGCGAAGAUACGAUGCAGCCACACUUGCCCGUGCGAACGUUGCGAGAGCCACGGGUAUGAGUGUGUCUAUUCGAUCUCGCAGCCGUUAGGCCGGCCUGCCAAGAAGAAGAUGGCCCGGCCGCCAGCGGUGGCUGCAGGCGUGAAGACGCGCAGGGGGGAGGCGGAGGUAGUUGACUGUCCGAAUCGGCGAUGUGCGGGGAGGGCACCGCGGCCAACCCCAACAGGGAGGGCGCGCAGGGCGCGCAUGGUCCCGAGUCGGAUCCUGAGUCCAAGUACAGCACCCGGCUCGGGUACUAGGUCAGGGGAAGGGUCACACAGGAGCGACUUCAGCGCCGGCACUGAAGUCACACCACCGGAGGAAGACUUUCAGUGGCCGAGUUUCACGGAGUUGUCCUCGGACGUUCCAGAAAACCACACAAAUAGAGACCGGAUUCAGGACCAGGACUUCGUCAGCACGAACGAGGCCAAUAGCCACGUCGAUCCAGGAUUCACCAACACCAGCCUGGAUCGCUCGUUUGACCGAGCUGACGGAUUCGAAAGUUUUGGAGGUCCCCAUUUUCCCGAGCCGUGUGUUGGCUAUUCCACACAGUGUUGUUGUCCCCAAAUCGGUUUGAUGGUCGACGAGCCUCCCAUUGGACAUGCGCCGGGCACCCAGUUUGCGUCACUCUUUCGAGGUGGUGCAAUCUACCCCUUUAGCCUCGCACCGAACGCAAUUCAGGUCUCGGGAACAGUGCAGGAUCCGGCUAGAAUCAUGGAAUUGCCCUCCAAUGAAGUCUGGCAAGAUCCCGUUGAAACUGAUCCCAGUCAAUAUCUUCCACCAGGAGAUAUUGACCUCGAGGGACUGCCGGAAGAUACUUCUUCCCUUCACUGCGAUUGCUAUGCCCAAGCAUUCAGUGAAGUCGUUCGAUCCGACGAGGCCCAAAGGGCAAAUAUGACAUUGCACCACCUAGAAAGGGUGCAGCGACAGGGAGUGGUCAUCCUUCAAUGUCAAGUAUGCUAUGUCUCAAACGCCAGGGCUAACAUCCUCACCUUAUUAGUCAUGGCAAUUGAGAAAGCGGCACGGGCGUUGAAGGUGAGGGUCAAAUUGGCCAUUACCUCAGUGCAGGGGGGGAUUUGUUCCGUCUGGGGGGAGGAGGACAUCAGCCAGAUGCACCGUUGUCUGUCUCAUCUGUCAAUAAUUGUCCGUUUCAUCCACCAAGAUCUCGAGUGCUGCUCGUCUUCAAAGUGGCAGUUGAUAAUGGCUGAUGAGACAGAUCGCCGGCUGCAGUCGAUUACUCGAAUAUUUGAGUGA